AUGGCUGAUUUCGGAAACACUGUUAAGAGUAUUAUUGUUACAAAUCUACCAAAAGAUUAUACUGAAAGCCAACUUGAAGAACUUUUUUCAAGUUUUGGUCAUAUUAUAUCAUGUAAAGUUGCACCAAUUGAUCGCAAUAUUGAAGGUAGUUAUGGUUUUGUUAAUUAUGAUGAAUCAGAAAGUUGUACUAAAGCCGUUGAAAAUAUGAAUGAUUAUGUUGGUGAUGGAUUUACUCUAUCUGUUAACUAUUCAUCAACACAAACGAGUAAUUACUUCAAUCAACCACCAAAUAAAUCCCGUAUUAACGAUCGACCAAAUGACGAAUUUAUAAUAAAUGAAAAUUAUUCUAUUUAUUUAUCAAAUCUUGAACUACCAAAUAUAAUAUUUGCAGCAACAUCAGAUGAUUACAUUAAUGGAGCAUUACUUUUUGCAAAAAUGAAUAAUUAUGAACAAAUGUUAACAGUUAAAUCGAACUUUUAUGAAUCAAAAUUAAUUGUUGGAGAAUUUUGUGCUGCAAUUUUUAAUGGAGAUUGGUAUCGAGCACGUAUAUUAAAAAUAAAUGAAAAUCACGUUCAAGUUCAAUACGUUGAUUUUGGGAAGAUUGGAUGGUGUUACUCACGUCAUGAAAUCAAACCAUUACGAAAUAAGUAAGUAUAUAGUUUUUGUCUUGUUUUGGUAAAAGUGGAAAACUUAAAAAAGAAAGUCUCCAAAAACCAGAAAGUAAAAGAUCUUUUGCAUUAAUUUUUUUGCAUAAUGAAAUAUAUUUUCAACUAGAAUCCUUAAGAUUUUCGUUAUCAAGUUGAACAAUAGUUUUGUUUCUUAUUUUCCAUCUUGCUAGAUUUGUGAAAAAAAAUUUAGAACAAUGAGAACAAGUUUGUCUUCUCUAGACAAAAUGGUUCACAUCAAUAAUUUCAAAACUAAUGUUUUCUCAACAAAAAAAUUCUGAUAUUUUGUCUAUAUUUCAUCGUUACUAUCAACAUCAAGGAGAAAACAACAGAUUUCGUAUUUCCAAGAUAUUUGAAAUUCUCAUCAUACUCCGAAUUUUGGAUCAGUUUAUGUCCUAGAUUUGUAUCUCUUUUUUGAAGAUGCAUAUGAAAUCUUCAAAUCUCUACUAGAUGUGUGGGAGCUCCAGUUCAGGAAAGCGGAGGUAGAUCAUCAGUUUUUUUCAUAUGGCUUAUCACAUACUUUUCUAAAUCUACCUCGAAAGUGAAUGCUAACAUUCUCGACACCUAUCUUAUGGGGUACCCAUAAAUCUUCACGAGCUAUCCCAUGAGGAUAUUCAAAAGUCAUGAAAAACCACCUUAUUAGGGUGUUCAUUAGUCUUCAACGGCAAUCUAGAGUAUUCAUUAACUCUCAAAUACUACCUUAUAGAGGUGCUGAUAAGUUCUCAAUACCUGUCCUAGAGGAAUACCUAAGAGUAGACGUGACAGUUCUAAUUCAGUUCACUGAGAUCAAGCUGAAUAGCAAGCUCUUGUUCAUAUCAGUUGAGCUUAUUCACCAGCUCUGCGAUUACUCAGCUCUAUUUACAAUGCGUUUUUUAAGCGUCUAUCAAUUGUAUUUAGAAGAUUUUCUCGAUCGAAUAAUGCUUUUGACUUUGAUUUAAUUUUAUGUCUUUUCAAUGUAUUCUAUUUUUAAAUACGGAUAGAUUCUUUUUGUGUACUCAAAAAGUGAGUACACUCUAGAAUCGGUCAGUAUGUCCGGCCGGCCGGCCGUCCGGCCGUUUACACGAUAACUUUCGAAAGGAGAGUCCGAUCACGAUGAAAUUUUCUA